CCCCCCCCCUUGAGUCAAUUAUCAAUGGAUAAUGUUUUUAUUUGUAUUAAUCUAAUCGACCACCUUUGUCCCUUCUAACUCCUCUCGGUAGGUGUUUUCUUCAGAUGUGAAAACUUAGAGAUUUUGGUGUGAUCACAUUCAUUUGUGGAAACAUGCCAGUGUCGGUAGUUUAGGCACUCUGUUCUGAAAUGAAUGGGACGUCACAGAGUGUGACGAGGCAUGUUUUAGCUGAUUCGAUUAUGUUUGAAAGACAUACACCUUUAAAGUGACGUUCUCUGUUUCCCCUCCCUCGUUCUUGCUUUCUCUCUGCAGUAUUUUGUCGUCAGUGGGGUCUCAGCUUGACCUGAGGACACUACGAGCCGUCAGAGUGCUACGACCACUGAAACUGGUGUCUGGGAUUCCCAGCCUGCAGGUGGUGCUCAAGUCCAUUAUGAAGGCUAUGAUCCCCCUGCUGCAGAUUGGCCUGCUGUUGUUCGUGGCCAUCCUCAUGUUCGCCAUCAUCGGCCUGGAGUUCUACAUGGGGAAGUUCCACACUACCUGCUUCGACAAAGUCACACGAGAGGUAGUGGACUCAUUACCGUGCGGCACAAAGUUGCCGUCGCGGCUGUGUCCUAACGGCACAGAGUGCGAUGAUCGCUGGAUUGGACCCAACUACGGCAUCACCCAGUUCGACAACAUCCUGUUCGCCGUGCUCACCGUCUUCCAGUGCAUCACCAUGGAGGGAUGGACGGAAAUGCUCUACUAUAGUAAUGACGUGGAGGGCAGCGCCUGGAACUGGAUGUACUACAUCCCCCUCAUCAUCAUCGGCUCCUUCUUCAUGCUCAACCUGGUGCUGGGUGUGCUCUCAGGUGAAUUUGCCAAAGAGAGAGAGCGAGUGGAGAACAGGAGCGAGUUCCUCAAGCUGAGGCGACAGCAGCAGAUUGAGAGAGAGCUCAACGGGUACCUGGAGUGGAUCUGCAAAGCAGAAGAGGUGAUUCUGGCCGAGGAGGACGGCACAGGGAACUUUGAUGGGUCGAGGCGAAGGCCAACCAUCAAAACCAAAAACAACAAGACGGAGCUGCUGAACCCUGAGGAAGGAGAGGACAACAUGGGCGAUGCAGUAGGUUUUGCCCGCUCCAGCAUAAAGAGCGGGAAAGACGGCUCCAACUACAGCAAGAAGGAGCGACGACUGCGAUUCUUCAUCCGCAAGAUAGUGAAGACUCAGGCUUUCUAUUGGACGGUGCUCUGCCUGGUGGGGCUCAACACCAUGUGUGUAGCUGCGGUGCACUACAACCAGCCUGAUAUGCUCUCUGACUUCCUCUUCUAUGCAGAGUUUAUCUUCCUCGGUUUGUUCAUGUCUGAGAUGUGUAUCAAGAUGUAUGGUCUGGGCAUCCAGCCCUACCUCCACUCCUCAUUCAACUGCUUCGACUGUGUGGUCAUUGUGGGCAGCAUCUUCGAGGUGGUGUGGGCCACCAUCAAACCAGGAACCUCCUUUGGGAUCAGUGUGUUACGAGCUCUGCGACUGCUCCGCAUCUUCAAAGUCACCAAGUACUGGGCUCCUCUUCGAAACCUGGUGGUUUCUCUGCUGAACUCCAUGAAGUCCAUCGUCAGCUUGCUGUUCCUCCUCUUCCUCUUCAUCGUGGUCUUUGCCCUGUUGGGGAUGCAGCUGUUUGGAGGACAAUUCAACUUCGACACCGGAACUCCUCCGACGAACUUUGACACGUUUGCAGCAGCGAUCAUGACGGUGUUUCAGGUCCUGACUGGAGAGGACUGGAACAUGGUGAUGUACGAUGGCAUUAAGUCCCAGGGAGGAGUGAACGACAAAGGGAUGAUCUUCUCCAUCUUCUUCAUCGUCCUCACACUCUUUGGCAACUACACUCUGCUGAACGUCUUCUUGGCCAUCGCCGUCGACAAUCUGGCCAACGCCCAGGAGCUCACCAAGGACGAGGAGGAACAGGAGUCAGCAGCCAAUCAGAAGACGGCAAUGCAGAAGGCCAAGGAGGUGGCAGAGGUCAGCCCGAUGUCAGCAGCAAACCUGUCCAUUGCGGCUAGCUUAUCUCCGAACAGCAAAGAGCAGCAGAAGAACCACAUCAAGGGCAACAAGUCGGUGUGGGAGCAGAGGACAAGCGAGAUCCGCCGACAGAACCUGAUGACGAGUCGUGAGGCACUCUACAACGAGCUGGAGCAAGAGGACUGGAAGGUGGGAGGUGAAGGGGAGGAGGUGUCCUAUCCACGGAAAGCACGUGGUGAUAUGAAGACCCACCUGGACCGGCCGCUGGUGGUCAACCCGCAGGAUAACCGCAACAACAACACCAACAAGACCCAACCCGGUGAGCUGCCUCUGGACCAGGAGUACCGGCGCCAGGACAUCGACAACCAACGCCGAGCCACCCACCACUACCACUACCACCACCAUCAUCGGAAAGUCAACGGCCCGGACGGCGGAGAGACGGGCCAGCCGGUGGAGACCCGCAUGGAGCGGGGCUUCAGCUGCACGUCCCUGGGCAAAGUGGAGGGCCAGCAAGGGGAGGAGAGGCACAUCCACAGGAGCCACCGGGGCCACCGGCACAGGAACAGGGAGGGCCGGGAGGCCCGCAGCGUGUCCCCCAACCGUAGCGUCGGGGUGGAGGGGAACAACGAGCACCGGAGGUCCCGGCAGCACCGCAGGGAGGGGGAGGAAGGCAGGAGACACAGAUCCAGAGGGACGGAGGGGGAGAAAGGCGAGGAAGGGGAGGAACGGAAGGCGAGACGGCAUCGACACGGGAACCAGGAGAAGAGCAGAGGGCACCGCACCAGAAGGGAGCACCACAGCACCGGGCCCAGCCUCUCCACCGCGCGACCCAUACAGCAGCACAACGAGGACCUGGACAACUUCCGCAACAACAGCAAGCUGGUCAGUGCCCAGGAGCACCCAUACAGCCUCCCGCCGCAUCACCCCGACCACCCGGACCACGUCAACAACCUGCUGAACUGCCGCGACGCCGACACCCACACUCUGCUCCACAGCAUGGACAGCCUGAUCCUGACCAGCAUGGCCAAACCCGAGUACACCAAGAUAGACAUGCCGCCCGUCUACCCCUACCCCUCCACCAACGCCAUCCUGCAAGUGAACAAGAACGCCAACACGGACCAGAAGAAGAGCGAGGAGAAGAAGGAGGAGGAGGACGAGGGAGGAGACGAAGACGGCCCCAAACCCAUGCCUCCCUUCAGCUCCUGCUUCAUAAUGUCCACCACCAACCCGUUUCGGAGGUGCUGUCACUACAUCCUGACUCUGAAGUAUUUCGAGUUCAGCAUCCUGUCCGUCAUUGCGAUGAGUAGCAUCGCCCUCGCCGCAGAGGACCCCGUCUCGCCGGACUCACCGCGAAACAAUGUGCUGCGUUAUUUUGACUACAUUUUCACAGGCGUCUUCACGUUUGAAAUGUUGAUCAAGAUGGUGGUGCUGGGCUUGUUUCUCCACCAGGGCUCCUACUUCCGCGACUUGUGGAACAUUCUGGACUUUAUAGUGGUUAGUGGUGCUCUGGUGGCCUUCGCCUUCACGCCGAGCAGCACCCGGGGGAGCAGCAAAGGCAAAGACAUCAGUACAAUCAAGUCCCUCCGCGUGUUGAGGGUGCUGCGUCCUCUGAAGACCAUCAAACGACUCCCCAAGUUAAAGGCGGUGUUUGACUGCGUGGUCAACUCCCUGAAGAACGUGCUGAACAUCUUGAUCGUCUACAUGCUCUUCAUGUUCAUCUUCGCCGUGGUGGCCGUGCAGCUCUUCAAAGGCCGAUUCUUCUUCUGCACGGACGAAUCCAAAGAGUUUGAGCGGGACUGCAGGGGCGAAUACCUGGUGUAUGAGAGAGAUGAGGUUAAAGCUCAGAAGCGGGAGUGGAAGAAGUACGAUUUUCACUACGACAACGUGGCUUGGGCCCUGCUCACCCUCUUCACUGUCUCCACUGGAGAGGGGUGGCCGCAGGUGUUAAAGCACUCAGUGGACUCCACCUAUGAGAAUCAGGGCCCUAGCCCGGGUUAUAGGAUGGAGAUGUCCAUCUUUUACGUGGUGUACUUCGUUGUCUUCCCCUUCUUCUUCGUAAACAUCUUUGUGGCUCUCAUCAUCAUCACCUUCCAGGAACAGGGGGAUAAGAUGAUGGAGGACUACAGUUUAGAAAAGAAUGAGAGAGCCUGUAUAGAUUUCGCCAUCAACGCCAGGCCUCUGACUCGCCACAUGCCGAAGAAUAAACUGAGCUUCCAGUAUCGCAUGUGGCAGUUUGUGGUGUCUCCGCCCUUCGAGUACAGCAUCAUGGCUCUGAUUGCACUCAACACCAUCGUCCUCAUGAUGAAGUUUGACGGUGCAUCAAAGACGUACUACGAGGUCCUGAAGAACCUCAACAUCGUGUUCACCACCUUCUUCUUCUUGGAAUCAGUCCUCAAGGUCAUCGCUUUUGGCCCUCUGAAUUUCUUCAGAGAUGCCUGGAACAUUUUUGAUUUUGUCUCCGUCCUCGGAAGCGUCACUGACAUAUUAGUGACAGAACUAGGGAAUCUGAAUAACUUCAUCAACUUGAGCUUCCUGAGGCUGUUCAGAGCGGCUCGCCUCAUCAAGCUGCUGAGACAGGGCGAGACCAUCCGCAUCCUGCUGUGGACCUUCGUCCAGUCCUUCAAGGCUCUGCCGUACGUGUGCCUGCUCAUCGCCAUGCUCUUCUUCAUCUACGCCAUCAUCGGCAUGCAGUUGUUUGGGAACUUGGCUCUGGACGACGACAGCGCCAUCAACGAGCACAAUAACUUCAGAACCUUCAUCAUGGCCCUGAUGCUGCUGUUCAGGAGCGCUACGGGCGAGGCGUGGCACGACAUCAUGCUGGCUUGUCUGGGCAGUAAGGAAUGUGACCCGGACUCAGGGAACACGGAACCUGAAUGUGGCAGCACCUUCGCCUACACCUACUUUGUCUCCUUCAUCUUCCUCUGCUCCUUCCUGAUGCUGAAUCUGUUCGUGGCCGUCAUCAUGGACAACUUUGAGUACCUGACCAGAGACUCCUCUAUCCUGGGGCCGCAUCACCUGGACGAGUAUGUAAGGAUAUGGGCCGAGUACGACCCGGCCGCCUGCGGCCGGAUCAGUUACACAGACAUGUAUCAGAUGCUAAGACACAUGUGUCCGCCGCUAGGCCUCGGGAAGAGGUGUCCCGCCCGGGUCGCCUAUAAGAGGCUGCUGCGCAUGGAUCUGCCGGUUGCAGAUGACAACUCGGUGCAUUUUAACUCCACCCUCAUGGCUCUGAUCAGGACAGCACUGGAUAUAAAGAUUGCCAAGGGCGGUGCAGACAAGCACCAGAUGGAUGCGGAGCUGAGAAAGGAGAUGAUGGCUAUUUGGCCGAACUUAUCCCAGAAGACACUGGACUUGCUGGUUACGCCGCACAAGGCAGCCACAGACUUGACGGUGGGCAAAAUCUACGCUGCCAUGAUGAUCAUGGAAUACUACCGGCAGAGCAAGACGAAAAAGCUGCAGGCGCUGCGAGAGGAACAGAACCGAACGCCAUUAAUGUUUCAGCGCAUGGAGCCGCCCUCUGAGGGAGGGGGCACGGACGGCCAGGGGGGUCAGGGCCUCAACGGCCUCCCCAGCACCCAGCCAGACAACCCCAACAGCAUACCUCCAGAGGGUGGCAUGACUGAGAGCCAAUCGUGGGUGACGGCCAAAGCGCAGGAAAUGUUCCAGAAGACGGGUAACUGGAGCCCCGACAGACCGUACCCCGACGAUGUCCACGACAACCGUCACAACCCACAGACGGUAGAGAUGAGGGCGAUGGGGCGGGACGGGUACUCCGACACUGAGCCCUAUCACCCAAUGGAUGGGCAUGGGCGGACCCUCUCCAUGCCCCGCCUCUCGGCAGACAACCAAAGAGCUCAUGCUGUUUCGCGGAGGAGACACAGGCCUCGUGGAAAUAACCUCAGUACCAUCACCGACACCAGUCCGAUGCGUCGCUCCACCUCCAGCCUGGUCCACGGGCGCACGGGCCGGGGCGUGAGGCUGGACGACUACUCCCUAGAGAGGGUGGUGUCCGAGGAGGGGAGACACGGAGGAGGUCGCAGACACAGGGACAGGAGUCACCGGGCCUCGCAGCGCUCCCUCACCAGAUACACCGACGCUGACACGGGUCUGGGCACAGACCUCAGCACCACCACGCAGUCGGGCGACCUCCCACCCAAGGAGCGCGAGCGGGACCGCGGCCGGACCAAGGACCGUCGCCACCACCAUCACCACCACCACCACCACCACAGCUCCAUGGACAAGGAGCGCUACGGCCCCGACAGACACGACUACCCCCACAGGCAUCCCCACGACCGCCAAUGGUCCCGCUCGCCCAGCGAGGGGCCCGAUGGACGGGGACACAGACAGGGCAGUAGUUCGGUGAGUGGCAGCCCGGUCCCCUCCACCUCGGGGACCAGCACUCCGCGGAGAGGCCGUCGCCAGCUGCCCCAGACCCCUGCUGUUCCCCGUCCACAUGUCACCUACUCCCCCACCGUCCGCAAGCCCAGCUACGGCCCCCCAGGGCCGGGCCGACUGCGCUCGCCCUCCCCCCGACACUUCUCCCCACCAGACCACGACAGAGGCUACCACCACCGACCCCCGUCACGCCAGGUCUCUCCACAGCACGGGGGCUCCGCGUCCCGGCACGGUUCGCCACGCUCCCCUCGGCACCAGUCCCCGCGCUCGCCCCUCCACGGCUCGCCCAGGUCCCCUCACCAAGGCCGCUGGAGCGGGCCUCCGCCUGGGGACAGCCUGGAGGGAGACGGGCCCUUCUACGAGCGCGACUACGAGUACGAGCGGCACCAUGAGCCCCCCGCCUAUGAGCAAAGCCUCUCCCACGGCAACCCGCACCCACAUGGGGGAAAUCCUCACCCGCACCCACGCUCACCCAGGACUGCCCGCCACGGGCCCCCUCCGCCCCCUCACCCGCAUCCACGCAGGGUGCCUAAUGGCUACCGCUCGUCCUCCCCUUCCCCGCACCGGCGGGGGCCACCUGGAGUGCCCCCCCAUCCCCAGCACCGGCCCCCCCAUGCCCGAGGGCCCCGCAAGGGCCUGCAUGAACCUUUUAGUGAGACGGACGAGGACGACUGGUGCUAGCAACCACAGGGAGCGAGGGAUAAGGGCAGGAGAGGGGAAUAAUAGCAGCCUCCAGUGCUCUGGCCUUGGAUUCAUAGACUUUUAAUAAAGCAGAGGUGGUGAGAAGGGGGUUGGACGCCCUCCAAACCCUCACCCCUCGGACUCUAAAUGAGAGGAAACGAGCUGAGGGGGAGGGGGGCGCAGGUGCUGCAAUUAGCCUUUUACAGAUUUUGUGUCAGACUCAAAUCAGUGACAGAGCAGCAAGUGGAUAAAAAUGAAAAAAAGAGACAGCUAAGACAACUAUGGCAAGGCCCGGGGCACGGUUUACCUCUGCCUCUCUCAGAACUACACUUCCCAGAAUUCUAUGCCUGACCAGCAAGGCCAGGCUGAAGGAGGAAGAGAGAGGUGUGGGAACAGAAAAAAAAAAAGCGAAGGGAGGAGCAUGCAAAAACGGCCGGGGAUGAUCGCGGUUCACGAGGCCUAAAAACGCUUCUCCCCAGACUGUCGCGUGAUUGGUUAGUUUCGUCAGACGUGUGCAGAUCUGUCGCUGGCCGGUCUGCUUACGUAAAGAGCCUGAAAAUGAGUCGCAGAGUCCACUGCUUCGACUCUGCUCCUCGAACAGAUACGUUUAAAGAAAAAUGAUUUAACACAAAGCCAGGACCCCCUAACCCUUACAUGCCAAGCUAUGCCUCCAGAAAAUCAAACUUGAACAAUGAAGAACAAAAUGAAACUUUACAUGACAAACAAUGAAAAGAAAAAAUGGGAGAACAACCACUUUAUCUUUGACCUUUUUCCUUCCCAAGGGACAGAACCAGGAAGCUCCGCCUAUACUGCAAAAACCAGCCAAUCACAGCGCUGGCUGAUAUUUGAUGAGUUUUAUCAUCUCUGUUUACUGUUAAAGACUCACUUAAUGCUGACGGAACUGGUGUGACAUCACUUCCUGUCCAGCGGUGGUGGUAGUGCAGGGGAGGCGGUGGGGGGGGCGGGGCAUGUGUGGGCUCACUUCCUGUUCGAGUGCGCUAUUGGUUAGGGUGGGCCUCAGGUAACUUGAGAAGGGAGUCGGACACUUCGUCAUGCCCCUUCCUCCUCGGUUACACGACACGGCGAAAAAGGCUAAGGGAUGACCUGACAGGAAAUGACAUUGCACGGUUAAGUGGGGCGGAGGAGAGGAAAGGAGGGAUGGGGAAAAAGACUAAUUUCUUCAGUAUUUCUUCGAUUACUAUCGAUUACUUCUCCUUCUUGUUCUUCUUCGGACAUUGGAGCUUGGUUCUUCUGUUGCAUUCGCUCAGCCUCCUUUUGAUCUUUUUUGGAGUCCAAAAUUUGAUGGAAGCCUGCAUGAUCGAUUAAAUACAUACUAGAGAGGAGAUCUAACUGGUGUGGGUGGGACCUGGGGUCUUUGUAGGAAACUUUGCAUUUAGGUUUACAAAAGAAGUCCUCUUCUUUCAGACUCUCUCUCUCUCUCGCUCUUGUUUUGUUUAGUUUUCAACCGAAAAAAAACGGGCUUUUGACGUUCGUCCGUUUUGUCCGAUAAAAAGCUACGAACUGUUAAAAAGACGGGAGACGCUGCAGUAUCACGUUAAAGUUUCCUGUCGUGCUUGAGAGACGAGAGGGAGAAAGAGCGGAGAGAAGCGGGCUUCCACCACACUUGAUUUAUUAUUGUUAAUGAUGAAUAAUUAUAUCAAUGUCAAUGCAAAAUGACGAUGACAAUGAUGAUGAUGCUGAUUGAUGGAACUGUUGCUGUAGAUUUGUUGUCAUGCUGUUUGGAGUUUAAGUAUGCUAUGUCCAUCUUAUUUACAUCUGUUAUGUUUUUUAAAAAUCCCCCGCGUCCAACGACGUUUACCGGGUUCCUGAUGCCUUCCGGCGACGUGACGCGGCGACGACGGCUCGGGGAAACGCUCACUCAGCGGCGUUGCGUGUUGUAACGCAACUCUGAAGACACGCUCUCUCUUCAGAACGGUGGAGGUCAGCGGGGAGCUUCGGCUAGCUGGCUCGCAGUGAUUCACGGGGUCAGAACUCUUGUCAAGCCAACCCAAAGAUCAAGAAUUCGCGUUCAGAGGGAGGGGGGGGUAGACCAGAUCGUUGAGAAUGUGGAAGAGUUCAUCUGCAUUUUACACUGCAGAGGUUCCAGACGAGCCAAGUGUUACUGAAGUUCUACCGAGGUUGAUUUCUUCAACUUGCAGCCAAAAAAAAAAAACUACGAAUCUCAAUAUUUUCCCCUCCGUCUGGCUCUGUAGCUUUGUAGUGCGACCGGUUGCCGGCAGUGACAGCACAGUAUUGGUGGUACAGUGUUGGUGUCAGUAUUAGGUGGCGUUGUUCUCUUCUUUUUUUGUUGCCACCAGGGGGCAGUUAUCGGCGCACAUUAUCCGCCCUUCUGCCUUCCCCCUCUACAGGACAGCCUCCGGGCUACAUCCUGUUUUUCUAGACCUGGAGUGAAACCUCCUCUUGUACCCGUCUCUUAUAUCUUUGUAUAGAUGAAGUCCAGUCCUAGUCGGGGAAACAUGGAUGCAGCCUGAGAGACGCCAUAUCUGUCCGUGUGUCGGCCCCAGUCCUUCUGUCUGCCUGUCUGUGCCAAUGCUGACCCCCCCCCCCCCUACACCUGUCCAACCCCCUUCGCUCAGGUCUGGAUAACCAGAGAACAGCCACCAAAUCCCCGAUAUGAGGUUGUAGCAAAGCUGAAACCUCCUCUGCCAAAACCCACGUCAGUCUCCACCGACCUCUCCUCUCUCAUCAAUCCUCUUCUUUUUCUGUCCAUUUGCUUUUGACAUCUGUUCCUUCAGCUUGAAGACACGCUGCAGGACAGAAACACUUAGGACUAAUAGUUUCAUCCUUAUUGUUAUGAGGGACAACAUUUAUUGAAUAUUCAAUAACUUGAUAAAGUAUAGAUGAAUAUAGAUGAUAAGCUACGUAUAAAUCUAGAUAGAAUAUCGGUAGAUGUAGUUAUAGAUAACAGACAGAGUUUAAAGUUUCAGAUAUUUAUUUAUUUUGCACACCGUUCAUGCUCAUGACACGGUUGACGAUCUAGCUACUCUUGAAAAACCUUGCGCUGUUUGCUAUCGCAGUCGCGUUAUGCCAGAAGACGACCCCCCCCCCCCAGUCCUCGUGUUUUGACUCUAUGCAGACCUCAUAAGCGUCCUCUCUGUUUGUAUUUUGGAGGAGAAGCUGCGACGCUGUGGUACCGUUGAAAAAAAGGGACUAAUGAACCGGGAGGUUGGGAGAAAAUUGUGAAAGAUCGACACCCACGUUUGCACACGACUCUUGACACACACAGUGACACACCUUUUUCUCUCAUGUACCUUUGUCCAGAUCACCCUUUCCCCUCCCCAUUUUACUCCCUCCUCUCCCGAAAUGUGUUGCCUCCAGACCUAGUAGUCGAGCAUAGCGUAGUGCAGAUGGGGAUAAGGGACGGGGGUUUUGGUUUUGUUGAUUGUUUAAUCGUUCGGCGGGAGUCGAAGGGCGCAAACCCGAAACCCCUCUGCCCACACCUCCCAUCAAAUGAGGUUCACGGCACGUUGGGGACGCUUCCCCCCCCC